AUGGCACCUCAACUUUGGUUGAUUACUGGAGCGUCAUCCGGCUUUGGAGCGCUCCUCGCUGAAGCCGCGCUGAAAGCUGGUCAUCGAGUUAUUGCCACGGCCCGCAACCCGACCAAGGCUGCCAAGGAUUAUCCCCAGAUCGCAUCCUCACAUGGCUCCCCUUGGACAAUUGACGUAGUGAUCAACAAUGCUGGGUACGGUCUCGUGGGUAGCAUCGAGGAUAUUAGCGAAGAUGAACUCGACGUGCAGUUCCAGACGAAUGUGUACGGCGUGGUCAGGGUUAUCAAAGCCGUGCUUCCCCUCAUGCGGGCGCAACGUCAGGGCACCAUCGUCAACAUGAGUAGCAUUGCGGGUUUUGCCGCCGGGCCAUCCUCUGCGGCAUAUGCCAUGACCAAGUUCGCUGUCGAAGGUACGACCCCCGCUGCUGGGCUAAAUGAGGGCUACAAGGACACCCCUCUGGUAGCUGCCAUGGGCAGAUGGGAGACUUUUGCGGGCAAGCAGAGCGGAGAUCCAUCAAAGGCGAUGCAGCGAAUCCUUGAUGUGAUUCAACUACAGGGCCAGGGGCAGGGUAAGGAGCAUCUCCUUCGCCUGCCGCUGUGGACUGAUUGA